AUGAACAACAGUUCGAUGGAAACAGCGGUGUUAGAUGAUGCCGAGGAGUAUGAUUAUGAAUACUUCCCCUUGGUGAAGUUAGUAUCUUCGUUGAUGGACGUUAUCUGGGAGCAAAGUGAACAGACAUCCACAAUAAAUACAACACCAUGGAAUCGAUUAGGAGCAAUAACCAAGUACUGUUGUUCUAUAUAUGGUCUUACUUGUCUUAUAAUGGCCUUGGUUUUGAACAGGACAUUGGUCAUGGCGUCCACAAACAAUUUACAGCAACAACAAUUCAGAAGGGGUAGAGAAGGUAAUAUGACGUAUCUAAGCAAAUCCACUAGCACAAUUUUUAAGACUUUGAGCAUGAUCAGCUUUAGAAUUGGAGUAAUAAUGUUAUUUGCAUAUCAGCUAUAUAACAUUUUGGUUGUAUUAAACUUGCAUUACCAUUUGGGAUUAACUUCGACAUCUUCUAUAAAUUGGUUGUACAAGCUAAUUCCUGACUCACUCUUUAGUUAUGAUGUGGAAAUCUUUAACGACACUAAGUACAUGAAAACUCCUGAUGCUCAAGUGAUGAUAGGACCCACGAGUGAUAUGUAUUGGCCAAUAUUUUUAACAUUUUGUUUACUGUCGUUUAUUGAAACUUUUAUUGCAUCUAUUCAAGGAAAGAAGCCAUACACAGAGAGUGGAAUUACAAUUUUUGAACAUUCGUUAGCAUUUCAAGAGUUCAGCAGUAAUGGGGCUUUCUUUUUUGGCAGCUCAAAGUAUUACAAGAGACCAACAGAACAAGUGUUGCUUACGACGUUGUUUCUGAUCCUCAAUCAUUUAAAUAUACAUAUUGGGGCUAUAAUAAAUGACAAUAAGUACAGGUUGAUUCCGCUGACUGUAUUGGGCAUGACAUUUUUGGGGUACUUUGUAAGCUUGUUUAUCAAUAGUUGGGACUUUUUGCAAUUUCCAUUUAUAUUGAUCUUGACUUUUACACCACAGGUUCUCAUAUUGUUUAUUAUUUGUGUGAGCUUGGCAAUAUUUUUGUUGGCCAUUAUGGUUAACGGGUUCAAGCUACAAGGUCUUAAUUAUGCCAGUUUCUUUCUACAUGAAACUGUGUAUGAAGACGGUGAAGAAGAGGAGCCAAAUUCAAUUAUCAAGAACUUGAAUAUAGAUCUUAAUGAUGACUUCUAUACUGCUUUAUUGAAUAUAGGAGUGAUGGCUAUAACCCUGGCAGGCAGAUCAAGUUACAUUACAGAACUUAGUUUGGUCACAUUGGAGAAGGAUACUUGGGUCGAGAGAAGCAUCUGGGAAAGGUUAAAACUAUCUGGUUCGUCAACGCCUGCAACGACAGAUAAGUCUAGUGUACCUGGGUAUGGAAAUAUUAUCAAGAACCCACCGCAAAGAUUGAUUUCUGGUAACCAAGUUGGUGAUUUGGAUAAUGGGUACAAGGAUGGUCGGGUUAGUGUUUUCCGAAGACGAUUCAUUUACUUGAAGCAAAUGAUUAACUAUACAUGUCAGUUGUUAUACGGUUUGAUUUUCAAAUCGUUUGUUUGUGAAUAUUUGCCGACUGCAUUUAAGAGGUUGGUCUUGAGACGAGAACUAAAGAGCCUGGAGUACGUUGGUGAUGAAACCAAUGCAGAAUUUGAGAAACGUAAAUCACUGGUACCGCCAUUUUUAAGAAAGUAUUUGAAGCGAAGAGUAAAUGCGACAGAACAGGUUCAAACUGCAAAGGAGACUGUCAACCUCGAUGGUUUGACCGCUGACGAAAUUCCAGACUCAUACGCAAGAUUAUUGCUUUCAUCUAAUGAUAUAUCCGAGGUAGAUACCUCUGGGGAUUACCAGGUAGUGAUAGAAGACGAGCUGGAGUCAGAGUAUGAAUCAGAUGCAGAAGAAGUUUUUAUCGACUCCCAGCGCGGUGGCCAUAUAUUGGGUGGUAGCCGCUAUCCAUAUAUCCAAGGUGUUACACUGCCAAUACAUGAAUUAUUUCAUGGAGAAGAUUUGAAUGAAAUGUUUUCUGCCACGAACUCGACUUAUUUGGACAUAUUCCAGAAACAUAUGCAAUACAAUAAGCGAGAAGGAAGAUUGACGAGAUCCGUAUAUAGAGAAUUGCAAAAUUCGAUUCCACAAUCUGGGGCAAGCGCUGAUGAUACAGAAAAAUUGCUCGAACUUAUAGUAUCAAAGAGAAUGAGUAGCACGGUUAACGAACACACGGAUGACAAUGAACGGUCCUUGGACUGUGUUAUUUGUCAGACCAACCCCAGAGAAAUCAUUACUUGGCCAUGUAAAUGCUUUGCAAUCUGUGAGGGUUGCAGGUUGAGUUUAGUAAGCAAAGGAAUUGAAGGAUGCGUUUGUUGUAGACGGGAUGUGGAAGGUGUUUCGAAAAUAUUUGUUCCAUAG